CUUUACGUAAUUUAUUACUCUAUGUAUACUUUAAUACUUGUUUUUAUAUAGACUUGAAACGCAGAUUCUACCCAUCUAAUGAGUAGUGAAGUCCCCAAUUACUUCUUGAAAUUCACUCUAACUGGUCAUACAAAAGCGGUCUCAUCGGUGAAAUUUAGUGAAAAUGGUCAGUGGUUGGCAAGUUCAUCAGCUGAUAAAUUAAUCAAAGUAUGGAAUGCUUAUGACGGGAAAUUUGAAAAAUCUAUCAGUGGUCAUAAACUGGGAAUCUCAGAUGUUUCAUGGUCUUACGACUCAAGAUUUCUGUGUAGUUCCUCCGAUGACAAAACUUUAAAACUAUGGGAUCUGGUCUCCGGCAAGUGUCUAAAAACUCUUAAAGGUCACAGCAAUUAUGUUUUUUGCUGCAAUUUUAAUCCACAGUCAAACCUGAUCGUUUCUGGCUCGUUUGAUGAAAGUGUCAAGUUAUGGGAUGUGAAAACAGGCCGAUGUAUCCGCACGCUUCCUGCCCACUCUGAUCCUGUCACAGCUGUUAAUUUUAAUCGUGAUGGUUCACUUAUCGCUUCAAGCAGUUACGAUGGACUAUGUCGAAUCUGGGAUACCGGUUCUGGUCAGUGCUUAAAAACGUUGAUAGGUAACUUGACUUGUGCAUACACAUACGCUGCUCAAUUGAUUGAUUUUCAGAUGAUGAUAACCCUCCUGUGUCAUUUGUCAAAUUCUCGCCUAAUGGCAAGUAUAUUCUAGCUGCUACACUUGAUAGGUAUUUCAGUUACCUAACAUGACUAAAUCCUAAUAAAUUUUCCAAACACAGUUGUCUCAAAUUAUGGGAUUACACUAAAGGUAGAUGCUUGAAAAUUUAUGGAGGGCACAAAAAUGAGAAGUAUUGUAUAUUUGCAAAUUUUUCGGUUACCGGAGGCAAAUGGAUUGUUUCGGGAUCUGAAGACAACUGCAUUUAUUUAUGGAAUUUGCAAACAAAGGAAGUUGUACAAAAACUUUCUGGUCAUAAUGAUGUUGUUUUGUGUACUGCUUGUCAUCCACAAAUGAACAUGAUUGCUUCAGGAUCGUUAGAGGGCGAUAAAACAAUUAAAAUUUGGACUAGUGAUAAGUGAUUGUUUCUGAUUUAUCCUGCUUCUGGAUCAUUGUAUACUAUUUUUUAUCUCCAAUGCUCUUUGUCUGUAUAUGUUUGUAUCAUUUGUUUUUCAUGUCACAAGUUAUUCAUGUGAACUACAUGUUCAUCGACUCAUCCUACGUAAAUCAUUCACUAUUGACAUUUUUUGUUUCAAAAAGGAACAAUCUAUUUUCUAUUGUAAAUUGUCUGACUAAGAUUGUCCGUUUGAGUGUUCUUUUUACCGAUCCUUGUAAAAUGAACUUAUUAUGAAUUCAUACCUUAAUAGU